AGCCGACCCUCUUCCGAGGCUCGUGCUUUUGGUCGCGGCGCCGGCCCCCCACCCCCAGCAGCCUCCCCUGGCCCCUCGCUGCCGCGAUGCCCCCGCGCGGGCGGCGCCGUCCCCGACUGGCCUUGGCGGCCCUGGCGCUGGCGGCCUGGGCCGCCCGGGACUCCUGGGCCCGAGCGGCGCGGCGGCCCCGCGGCGACGCUUUCGUGCCGGCGCAGCCGCGGCCACCGGACCGGAAGUGGCAGAGGCUGACGCCGGCAGAGCGGGCCGCCUUGCGGUUGCAGCCCGCGGGGGCGGCGGGCCGCGCGCGGCGGCAGGAGCCCGAGCCCGUGCACGAGCAGUACCACCGGAGCAUGCGCCCGGUCUACCUGGCCGCGGGGACCGUGCAGCUCGCCCUCCUCGCCGCCGCGGCGCUCAGCGGCGCCGCCUCGCAGGCCGCCAGGUCCUUGGAGCUGGAGAUGACCCUCGCGCCCGGCGCUUCGGCAUGCGUGUUCUCGCUGUCGGGGGCCGUGUGAGCGACCAGGCGGACGGGAGUGUGCCACGUAGGUCAACCCAGCUCCUCUCUCUCUCUAUCUAUAUCUACGUCCAGGACUGUUCGCGCACGUGUGUGUAUGCGUGCAUGGGCACAGCCCCUUCCUCGCGCGUCACCAUCUUCAGCAGUGCCGCUCGACUGGUCAUCCCGCGGGCGAGGGUAUCGGCGCCCGCUCCGAGACGGCAGCCCGGGGGAACUUUUAUAUCACGAGCGCGGAGAGCGAACGUGCGGCGUCGCCGUGUCACACGUCCGCCCGUGCCAGCCGGCAGAAGGAGAGGGGGGAGGGGGGUCAGGAGGUCGGCCACGUGGCGCACACUCCGUGUGGCAGCAGCAGGGCGGCAGCGUGAGGCUGCGCCAGGACCCGCGGCGGCGGGCGAGGGCUCCCAGCCUCCUGUUCCCCCCCUCCCCUCCUCCCUCCCCUCCUCCUUCCCCCGCUC